CCUGUACAACUGGAUUCGCGAGCUGCCAGAUGCAAAGGUCUUAGAGAGAGACCAACCGAGUUCUACUGAUCACCUCGCGUGCGGCGCUGCCAUCAACGUGCACUUCGCUUGCGCGCAAGAACUCCCUGUUCUCAGAUGAAAGCCGGCCAGACCGACCUCACCGCAUCCUCAGGGAAAGAUGUUGUCGACGACAGCGACCGGCAUCUCGGGUAGGCCCGCGUCUGAUCCGGCCAGGUUCGACUCGGAGCUCAAACAGAGGAAGACAGGUAGGGAGCACUCAAGCGGUGCCGAAACGGCCAGUGGGAUGUCUGCGAUUGACCAUGCAGCGGAGAGCAAAGUUGCACCAAAACAACAAAACACCAUGGGUCGCACUCCCGAUGGUACGGUCUUCCCUGUCCCACACACGCCGGACAUGCUCUCAUCCAUCUUCGACCCACGGCAGCCAAAGACGCCAUUGGACCUUUUGACCGUCGGCUUGCUCACUGCCCAGAUCGUCACAUACAUUUUCAUGUCGCGGCCGACUGCACAAAGGUUCUUCUUUCUCCUCUUCGCCUUCUGGAGAGCUUCGUACAAUGGCGGCCUCGGCUGGAUUCUCAAGCAACAGAGCGAAAGGGCCUGGAUGGUCAGGACGGUGAAGAAGGAGGGCUGGUUUGACGAAAACAGAAGACCCAUGAUCCACGCGAGGGUUAAGCAGCACCUCGUCUCCAAAAUGGGCCCGGACUACAAUUUCGAGCAAGUCCCAUUGGAUUACAACAUCUGGCUGAUGUUCCGUUCGAUCGUUGAUGUUAUCCUUCUCAAUGAUUUCGUGGCGUACUGUCUCUUUGCUUUCUCUUGCGCGCGUAUGCCAGAGGGCCACAACUUCAUGAUGAAUGUACUGCGCUACAUCGCCGGUGUCGUCAUCAUCCUCUUCAACCUUUGGGUCAAAGUGGAUGCUCACAAGAUCGUUGGAGACUUUGCCUGGUACUGGGGAGACUGUUUCUUCCUCAUGCUUCAGAAUUUGGUGUUCGACGGGGUCUAUGAGAUCGCCCCGGAUCCCAUGUACAGCAUCGGUUACGCCGGGUAUUAUGGUCUCUCGCUGGUGUCGGGAAGCUACGCUGUCCUAUUUGUCUCUCUCGCAGCUCACUUCUCUCAAGGCCUCUUUUUGCACUUUUUCGAGAACCCGCAUAUCAACCGCACUUACGGAGAGAAAAAACCUUUGUCCGCACGCGUCCCUUUGCGCAAGGCGCCUUACAAUGCCGCUUCAGCACGUGCGGCUGCAGGCCUGGGUCCAACGUCUCCGCGACCAGCGGACAGGGAGAUGGACAGCGUUCCCAGCCCUGCAGGGGGCCGUGCACGUGCGCUGUCCGCCGUAUCUGAGGACGAGCCGCCGACACCGAGUCAAACUCACGGUAGCACAGCGCUGAGCACGGACGAAGCGACGGACGACGAGUCGAACAAUGCGACUCACGUCAGCAAGGCCGACAGCCUAAGGAACUCGAGUACCUCAGCCGAGGCAAUUCAUCACACGCUGAAGCAACAGCCUCGCUCCGACUCAACUCGGUCUGAUAGGAGAGGGACAGAAACACUGCACGAUCUGCACCACCGGCUCUUCCGCAAGGACACCGUUGUCCUGCGCAACCUCGACCUUCUUCGAGGAUCGGACUUUUUGCUCGUUGUCGCUAUCUUUUACGGCCUUAUCCCGCACUUUAUGCCGAGGUUCGGCCCGAAGACAUACACGUUCGCUAUCUUCCUCAAUGCACUUGGAUGGAGGGUCUUUCAUUCGUUUGGUCUCGGUCUCAUGCUUGCGGCGCAGUCCAAGAGCAGGUGGAUAGUUCGCCAUUUCUUGAAGCAUUACAACUACGCUCACAGCAGCGAUGCUGUGCUCGAAGCCUUCCACAACUGGAAGAUUCUCUACAACACUUCCCUCAUCAUGACGUACUGCUCGUUUGGCGCUCUCUGUUGGAAUUGCUAUGUCGCGCUGGGUACAGACUGGACGGUCGGAACAGAUCUUCUCCGGCACACGCUCGGCUUCCUCCUGAUCGCGCUUCAGGUUUGGGCUUCAAGCUCAUCGUAUCAGGUGCUCGGUCCCUUUGGCUGGCUCUACGGCGACUUUUUCAUCGAUGACUAUCCUCACCAGCUAUACUACACUGGUAUUUACCGCUUCCUCAACAACCCAGAGCGAUCCAUGGGCGGCGCGGCCUUCUUUGGCCUGGUUCUCAUCUCGGGCAGUAAGCUUGUCCUCGCUGUUGCAUCAUUCUCCCACUUGGCGCACUGGUGGUUCCUCUCGACCGUGGAAGGUCCGCACAUGCGCAAGCUAUAUGGCGAAGCGGCCGUGCGCAAGGACUCGGGUGUAACCAAGCAGCUCAAACAGGCUGUCGAGCGCAACUCGUUCCUCUUCAAAAAAGCACAGAGCCAUCCAAAGGUGCGCGACCUGCAAGGCACCUUCGAAGGGACAUACAAGGACGCUGCGGGUGCAUUUGAAGAUUUUGUUAGCAAGAGCAAGCCCAAGUUCGAGGUUGUGCUGGAGGACACACGUAUGCUUGUCCAACAAACCAAAGACCGACUCCUCAUCGUGCGCACAGAGAACGACCUUAGUAAGAUUGAUCGGUCGCUGUACAGUGUUGCGCCCCAACCGUCCGCUAAAGGGUCAGGCGAUGGUAUGCGCUUCCACUUGGGUGAGCCGAUCUCGGUCAUGUGGACCGCUUCCAGCAUCCAUUCGCGGCAAGACUGGAUCGGGAUCUACCUGCUUGACCGUCUUGGCCCCGAAGACGCGCAGGAUUCUUCAAACCGCUUAACCAAGAUCUCCAGCCAUGGCAAGUGGGUGGGCGUCGCGCCUGAUGAGUGGGAAGGGGAUACGCACACCGGCGCCACAGCCGGCGGCCUAUCAACUACGUCGCACGAAGGCAACCUCUCACGCGGCGGGGUCGUCUUCCAGGGUGACAAGCUGCCGUGGGUCGCGGGUCGAUACGAACUGCGGUACCAUCAUGAUGCCAAGCACAAUGUCCUCGCGCGCUCUGAGCCCUUUGAGAUAUACGUCGAUGCGCCGAAGGAUCCUUCGUCGGUGGACGACACCUAUCGCGUGCUAGCGCCACUGGUCUUGUAUGCACUGCAGUACGGCGCACCGUCAGAAGCGCAGCUGUCGUCCGACAGCGGCGCCUCUGCGGACCCCGACGACUUUACCAUCUGGAACGUGUCACAGGCGCGAAGGAUCUCGUCGGGCAUCAAGCAAGCCUUCCAGGUCGACUUUUCGCCCGAGGUGGUCAUCGCCGAUGCCAACACGCGCAAACUGGCGGAGGACAUUGUUAACGCGAAACGACUGCUCGACCCGGCGCCGCAAGCGGCGUACAUCACGGACACGCCUUGAUCCCGAGGUAGAUGACGAAAGGGACCUCUCGGACAGACGAGCACAUGCAUAGAUGCAUAGAUGCAUGCAUGCGUGCAAGAUCUCAAUCUGGAGCAGCGCUGCUCCACAACACCAAAAGACACGCCGCCAUGUCGGUACGGUUGUAUGAU